GAUCGUGCCGCUGCUGAAAGUAAUCAGUUGUUGAUCAUUCUUGGAAGGUAGCGAAGUAUAUCUCUCUUCUGUUACAUCGGGACUUGGAGUUAUCCCUUGCUUUACGAUACAAAUUCAACUUAACUACGAAGAAACUAACUGUCAUGGAGAACGGCAAACGCGUCGAGGAUAGUCUCUACUUCUAUGCGCCUAACAAGGUAGCACCCGUUAUAUUUGCCGUUUUGAUAGCGGUUUCUACGAUCACUCAUGGAUAUCAGUGCUAUCGUUACAAAUGUUGGAAAGUAACUGGACUACUCCCAUGGUGCGGAUGCAUAUACCUAGCCGGUUUUAUCCUCCGAGAAAUCAAUGCUUUCAACUACAGUAAUCUCGAUAUAUAUAUCGCAAGUAUAGUUCUACUUUACGCUGCACCACCCAUCUACGAAUUAGUAAAUUACUUCAUUCUCUCUCGCAUUCUCUACUACGUCCCUUACCACUCUCCUAUCCAUCCCGGCCGCGUCUUAACCACUUUCGGUGCCCUAUCCGCCGUCGUCGAAGCUCUCAACGCUAACGGCGCUGCCCGCCUCGCCAACUCCUCUCUUUCCGAAAGUGCUCAAGAAACCGGUCGAUCUCUUCUCAAAGCCGCUUUAUGUCUCCAACUCGGUAUUCUGGGAGCCUUUGUUUUUCUAGCCGUUUACUUCCACCUGAAAUGUCGCAAGCAUUCGCUCUUACCUAGUAAUUUGAAUAGUGUGUUAAUCACACUCUAUAUCUCGAGUGCGUUGAUUGGGACAAGAACAAUAUACCGCACGGUGGAAUAUUUCAGUAUCGCAGAUUUGCAUCCCGAGUCCGGGGGGGAAGAUGGUGAUAUUAGUCCCAUCAUCCGAUAUGAAUGGUUUUUCUGGGUAUUUGAAGCUUCGCUUAUGACUUGUAAUACAUUUUUGUUGAACUGGCGACAUCCGAUGAGAUUUUUACCGAGGAACAACAAGAUCUAUUUGGGAGAAGAUGGGGUGACGGAGAUUGAGGGAACGGGAUAUCACGAUGAGAGGAAAUGGUGGAUUACGUUCAUUGAUCCGUUUGAUAUUGGUGGGAUGUUUAAGGGGAGGAAUAUGCAUAGAGAAUUUUGGGAGCAGGGUGGCGUGGAAAGCGUGGGACAAGGUGUGAAUCGUCAAGUGGAGAGCAAAACUGAAGGAAAGGAGGGGCAUGGGAAAGAUGCGGUAUGAUUGUGGGAGUUGUUUUUUCCUGUCGGAUCUACCUUCAUUUUUUUGAAUAUGGUUAACGUAAAUGAUCGAAGA